UCAAAGACCGCUAGUAGACCAGCCAUAAACACAGGCAGUGCAAAACUCUUCGUCGACGCUUUCCUCGAAGAAUCCUCUUUCUCAAACUCCAACACAUCUGAGCGAGUGGCCCGUCUUGUCAAAUCUCACACUCAAGAAGUAAACUGGGAUGGUGAGGAAAGGAUACAAGAUGCAGUACUUCGAAUGCUCGUGGACAAAUACAAGCCUCUUCGAGGUCCUACUGUGAAGAAUGCAGAUGAGAAGUUGAAGGAGAGGCCACCUGUCGUUCAAUCAUCUCCUCCUUCAACCUUUGCUCCUGUAUAUGAAGACGAAGGGGAUCCCUCAAUAUCACAAACAGCAUCAAUUUCCUCUGUAGAGUACCAUCCAAACUGGCAAACCCGCGCCUCAGAGCCUCUCCUCCCUGCAGUUGAAGGACACAGACCCUGGCACACAACAUUCACCCCUCCCUCCAGUGCACGUAUAAAAACAGGGACCUUCGCACCUUCCAGCGCUCGUCGUUCCACCCUCUCUUUAGAUGGUGAUGAACCAAUCAAACAAGACAUCAGUGCAGCUCGACGAAACGCAAAUGCUCAACGCCUCGGACGCGCUCGAGAGUCUACACUCGAUUACCGACUUGGUCUCGCUCGACAAGGAAGCAGAGAAGGACAUGGACAUGGACAUGGACAAGGGAGGCGUCACAUGCCUGUUGGUAUGAAAGCCUGGGCAAGCCUUGUCGAAGAACGAAUCGAACGUGCACGUUUACAAGGACAAUUCAAGACUAUAAAAGGACGGGGGAAGCCACUUGAACGAGAAAUGGAGGAGAGGAACCCGUUCAUUGCACGGGAAGAGUUUCUGAUGAAUCGAAUUGUGCAGAGGAACCAGGCUGCACCGCCGUGGGUUGAGUUACAAGCAGAAGUCGAAACUGCGAUCCAAACCUUCCGAACCCUCCUUCAACAAACCUGGACCCGUCGUCUGAUCCUUCACUUAACUUCUCGCCUCCCUCUCUCAAGGCUCUCCUCACUCACCCUCGAAGAUAUCCGAUCCAUCCGAGAUACGAACUGGGUAAAUCGCGAAUCAAAUUACCACGCCUCCGCACUGGGAGAAGUAAACGAAGUGGUAAGGAGGUAUAAUGGUGUUGCGCCAUAUUCGGUGCGCAAGCCAUAUUUCGUGAAGGAGGCGGAGUUGGAGAGGGUGUAUUGGGCUUGUGCAGAGGAUGUGCUUGAGGGUGUG